AUAUAUAUAUACACACACACACAUCAUAUCAUAUCACAUUAUCCUAUACAUAAAUAUAUAAAUGUGAACAUUCGCCUUCAUAUAGCAAUACACACAAACACAAAAAUACAUAUAUUCCUUUAUUGGCGUUCGUGUUCGGAUUGCAGAUCUCCAGAUUCAACCGAAGGAUCAAUUGAUUGCGCGAGAAACUGUAAAUAGGAAUUCAAGCUUCGUUAUUGAGAUUUUUGGCUUACAUUGAACUGUUUGCAUUUUCAUUGACGGAGGAGCAUUUGAGUGUGUUGCUGUUUGGAGGAAGUUGAAUGUAGAUAAUAGUUUUUUUGAGCUACAGUAUGGACGAUAGAGGAGGAUCGUUCGUAGCCGUGAGGAGGAUGUCUCAAGGACUUGAAAGAGGAAAUACUUGUCAUACAACUUCUGCGGAGGUUGUGGCAGGAUCAGCAGCAUGGCUUGGCAGAGGCCUUUCAUGUGUUUGUGCUCAAAGGAGAGAGAGUGACGCUCGUCCAUCAUUUGAUUUAACUCCGUCCCAGGAGGAAUGUUUGCUAAGGCUACAAAACCGUAUAGAUAUUCCAUAUGAUAGUUCAAUCCCUGAGCAUCAGGAAGCUUUAAAAACUUUGUGGAAAGUUGCCUUUCCUGAGGAAGAACUUCGUGGUUUGAUAUCUGAACAAUGGAAGGAAAUGGGCUGGCAAGGAAAAGAUCCAUCUACUGACUUUAGGGGUGGUGGAUUUAUAUCACUGGAGAACUUGUUAUAUUUUGCGAAGAAUUUCCCGAGAUCUUUCCAGGAUCUUCUCCGAAAGCAGGAAGGUGAUAGAGCAAUUUGGGAAUACCCGUUUGCUGUUGCUGGAGUCAAUAUCACAUUUAUGCUUAUCCAGAUGCUUGAUCUGGAAGCUUUAAAACCCAGAAAUCUGGUGGGAGCUACUUUCCUGAAGUUUCUUGCAGAAAAUGAAUCAGCAUUUGAUCUGCUAUAUUGCAUGACAUUUAAGCUGAUGGAUAAUCAGUGGCUUGCCAUGCGCGCAUCAUAUAUGGACUUCAAUGCAGUCAUGAAGGCUACUCGUCGUCAAUUAGAAGGAGAGCUUCUGCAAGAAGACAUAACACGGCUAGAAGAUUUGCCCUCAUACAGCCUUCUUAGUCGAUAGUGUUUUUAGGCAUGACUUUUAAGAAAAUGAGAAUGGCUUACGUAUGCAUGUUUUGUGGCAUUUAUUGUUGUUGUUACGUAGUAGCUUUCAAUGGUGGGUGUUACUUUGUAGAAGUCACCGGAGAGGGAAAAUGGGGAUUAUACAGUGCCCGAACAUGGUAAUGUUAGAGCAAGUACAAUGUUACCCUUGUUUCUUGAAUUUGGAAAGGGUCAGACCUGGUGAUUGAUCUCAGUGGUGGCAGCUGGGGUUCAAA